UUGCAAGAUUUGAUAUCUGAUCAACUCAAAGACACUGAAAUUGUAUCUCUACUGUCUUGGUUGAAAGAAUAUGAGGGUCCAGAUUUGAUGAAACAUCCUGAUCUUAAGGUGAAUCUGAAAGAACUAGGUGCUCUACUCUCCUCAGAAGUGGAGGCAAAGUUAAAAAUGCAGUAUCUGGAUACUAUGCGUACUAAUAUACAGACUUGGAUGCAGAACACAAUACAAACUGAUAUCAAGGAUUGGUACAGAGAUACUGAGCCUGAAGCUGAUGGGGAUGGAUAUUUCCUAACUCAACUACCAGUUAUUUUAUUUCAAAUGAUUGAACAGAAUUUACAAGUUGCCACCCAUAUAAGUGAACAUUUAACUAUUAAUGUUCUUCUGCUCUGUAUUGAGAACAUUGGGUCCUUUGUCAAGAUGUAUCGAGAUGCUAUAAUUAAAUAUAAAAAUAAGCACCUUGAAGACAGAAGCCAGCCACAGUUCUACAUACAUUAUAUGAUAGCAAUUAUUAAUAACUGCCAGAAAUUUACAGAAUUCACAGAACAACUUGAGAUAAGGCAUACAAGUUCAAAUGCCACGAAUACAAGUCACUGCCAACCUGUUGUCAUUGAUUUUGAUAAAUUAGCCACUGAGACCUAUCGUUUGUUAUUGGAUGAAGUAUUUCUAGAUUUAGAGUCUCACCUUCAACAAAUACUAACAAGGACAUGGCACCAGUUAAAACCAUCAAAUGCAGUGGACACUAUAUGCAUAACAAUGGAAGACUACUACAAUGACUUUGUGCAUCUUAAACCCAAGUACUGUAAACGACUGAUCAAUGAUGCACAGUACACGAUAGCUCUGUCUUACAUUAAAGCCUUGACUGAAAAGCGUAUGGUUUUUAAAAGUUAUGAUGAGAGGAAAUCUGCUGCUGAGAAGAUAGAAAGAGAAGCUGAACAGUUGGAAUUGUUAUUUCAGAAAUUAGCACCAGAUAACAAUCCUAAGUAAUUCUCCAUGUCAACCAAUACCAAUGUUGUCUGAGUUGAUUAAGCUGGAGGAUACAUCAGUGAUACCGUUAGAAAUAUCGACUUUAGCAACUAAAUACCCAGAUGUACAUCCUGAACAUAUUAUCUCUGUUUUAUUGGCUCGUGGAGAUUUGAGCAGAUCAGAAGCAAGACAGAUGGUUACCGAGACAUUGGGUGAAUACAAUGAUGGAGACACAUCAAGAUCAUCUGUAGCCAAGGGAAUCUUUUCACAAGUACCCAUUCCACAAACAAAGAUUUUUUAAACGUAACUUAAUGAUCUCUUAUUAGCUGCAAACAAUUAAUUAAUUUGUCUCAUUAUGUGCAAUGAACAUUUCCAAAUCAUGUCAAUAUGUUCAUGCAUUCAUGUCCGUAAAUGUAUAUUUUCAUCAUGUGAUUUCUAAGUCAUGUAAACAAUACUAGCCAAUGAAAGGCAUAAUGAAUUUACAGACAAUCACACUGUUGCCAUUUAACAGAUGUUCACUGAGAUUCUGUGAAGUCAAGAAAUACAGGCAUUCUAAUGCUAAAUCAUGUGAAGU